UUUAUUGAUCAGAACACGAUGUAUUCAAUUAUAAACAAUUUGACUUCAAUAAUGUUUCUUAACAUACGUAUUAUAGUACGUGGCAUGGUGUGGAUCAUUUGUUGAGUAAUGAAUAGUGCUGUAUACUGUCGUAGACACUGUUCCAUGCAAACUUUGUAAUAUAUACAGAUAUUAAAUACAAUAAUUACACAAUAAUAAUUGAAUGCCUGCUAACCAUAUGGAAAAAAAAACUCAACGUCUCCACGUGGAAAACCUAAUAUAUAUAUGUUGGUACGAAUCGGUUUCAUGUAUAUUCUGAAAGGGAGGUGACAAACUCAUGAGUCAUGCAGGACUGGAGUCAUGACACUGAAAAUUUUAUUAACGGGUAUAUUUAAAUUAAGUAUCAACGGGCUAGCAUAAUUAAUAAUUUAUCAUAUAUGUUGUCUCAUAUAUAAGUCACACACAAAACGACUUACAUUUUUACUCUGUAGAAAAAAGUGUAUGUGUUUUUUUAUCUUUUAAAGACACAUCUUUUUCUUGCUAUCAUUAUUUUUCAUAUUUAUCAUGAUAUAAACUUAAUUGAUUUUUCUUCUUUACAUUAAAAUUCUUUAAAGGCCUCACAAACUGUCUUUUGUCAACAUAUGGGAUUAGUUGUAGCAACUUUUGUGUACCUACAUUGCUUCACAAACUUGAUCAUCUUCUUCUCUUCCUUUCUAUUUCUUCUUCUUACAAAUAAUAAUAUGAUAAGUUUCCGCAGGGGUAUUUUCGUACGGCCAUCAAAGUCAAAAGAUAAACUAAGAUCUUCUCGUUCCGACAAGAUACAAGACACGAGACACAAAUACCCUAUUUAAAGCGCAAAGAUCAGACACACACACAUACACACUUAGCCUCAAAACCUUUCUCCCUUGUGAGUUCUGAGUUAUCUUCAGUAAAAUGGGGAGAUCUCCGUGUUGCGAGGAGAAUGGGCUGAAGAAAGGGCCAUGGACACAAGAAGAGGAUGAGAAACUGAUUGAUCACAUUCAAAAACACGGCCAUGGAAGCUGGAGAGCUCUUCCUAAGCAAGCCGGUUUAAACCGAUGUGGAAAGAGUUGUAGACUGAGAUGGACCAACUACUUGAGACCUGACAUCAAGAGAGGAAACUUCACCGAAGAGGAAGAAGAAACCAUCAUCAACCUCCAUUCGCUUCUUGGAAACAAGUGGUCGUCAAUAGCCAGUAAUCUUCCUGGAAGAACGGACAAUGAAAUCAAAAACUAUUGGAACACGCAUUUGAGAAAGAAACUGCUCCAAAUGGGGAUUGACCCGGUGACACAUAGGCCUCGAACCGACCAUCUGAACGUGUUAGCCGCUCUCCCACAACUUAUCGCCGCCGCAAAUUUCAACAACCUCUUGAAUCUCAAUCAAAAUGUGCAACUGGAUGCAUCAACUCUUGCCAAAGCUCAAUUAUUACACAACAUGAUUCAAGUCCUUAGCACCAACAACAACAAGAUUCCAAGUUCUUCUCCAUUAACCAUGCAGACCAAUAACAAUCUCUUUGGCCAAUCUUCUUACUUAGAGAACCAAAGUCUUUUUGGUCAACCUCAAAACUUCUCUCACAUUCCUGGGGCUAACCAAGACGAGAAAAUGAUGGUAGAAAACCAAAUGAUUGAACAGCCUUUGGAUUCUUUUUCUUCCCUGAUGCAAAUGGAUGUUCAAGAUGAUCAUAAUUCGCUUCCUCUAUUGGUUGCGGCAUCUCCUGAGGAAUCUAACCAAAGCCAGAUGAUGAUCAAAAAUAAAGACAUCGUUCACCGUCAUGAUACUAACCCUUCAUCAUCAAACUCGUCGUUCACACAAGAUCACCAUCAGCCAUGGUGUGACACUAUUGAUGAUGAAGCAGGUGAUUCUUAUUGGAAAGAGAUCAUGGAGCAAACGUGUUCGGAACCAUGGCCGUUUCCUGAAUAGACAAUACUGAAAAACAAAAAAAAAAAAGUGCUAGAGAAUAAUUUUAUAUUUUUGUUGUUGUUGUCGAUAGAGUUAUUCUAUGCAUAUUUAUCGUUCACUCAUUUCACAGUUCCUUUUUCUUUCAGACCAUGUAUAGUAAAUUGAUCUUGUAAAGUUUUAACUUAUUGUAUUAAAUACACAUAUUUGAUCUUGUUU